AUGCAGCCAUACGACGCCUCUUGCUAUACGGUCACGCCUGAGAGCACGCCGGACCCUUUCAUGGUCCGGGCUAAUGGUUAUUUCCACCUCACCUUCACAGCGGGGAACAGGAUUGAAAUCUGGUCUUCGAAGCAUCUUGUAGAUUUCCAGAAAGAGCCAAGGAAGAGGACUGUCUGGACUCCACCUCCAGCUUCUGAACACUCAGUGGACCUGUGGGCCCCUGAAUUGCACGCGCUGCGCGGAAGAUGGUACAUAUACUAUGCAGCAGCAAACCCAGCUCACGGGAACAGAAGCCACCGCAUGUACGUGCUGGGCGGUCCUCCAGCCUGCGAAGAUCCUACGCAGGGACAAUGGGAAUUUCUAGGCCGCAUUCAUGGGAUGCCCGAUCAGUGGGCUAUUGACGGGACCGUCUUCGAGCUGGACAAGGAGUUGUAUUUCGUCUACUCGGGCUGGCCGCUCGGCGACACCAGCGGCUCCGAUCUCACACAGCAGCUCUUCAUAAUGAGGCUCGAGGACCCUACGAUCGCGGAGAGCAGGCCGAUCAUGAUCUCGACGCCUGAGCUUCCCUGGGAGUUCACCAAUGAUUGCGACGGCUUCCACGGAAUCAACGAGGGGCCCCAAUACCUGGAGUCGCGGGACGGUAGCUGGAAGGGCAUCGUGUUCUCGUGUGCCGGGAGCUGGACGCACGAGUACAAGCUCGCCGUGCUGCACUACAACGGGGGCGACCCCUUGGACGCCUCGUCUUGGCCCAAGGCCCAGGAGCCACUGCUCCAAGCUGCUGAGCAGGAGAACGGUCCCUGGGGCCCCGGCCACGGUAGCUUCCUCUCCCUCGGCAAGGAGAUCGUCUGCGUCUUCCACGGGACCGACAACCAGACCGAUGGCUGGGACAACAGGAAGGCCAGGUGCCAGCGUGUGAUAUUCACAGAGGCAGGUCCGUACAUGGCCGGGUUUUGCGGGGGCGUCCAGCCCCUGAUGCCACCGAAGCAGAGCAUCAUGGCCAGGAUCCGACGGAGACUCAGCAGGCGCAAAGUCAAACUCGCGCCGUCGCGGCCUAACACCAUGAGAACACUGCUGGAAAGCCACUAG